AUGUAUUUGUUCCGCAAUGAAUUCAAGCUAACAGCAACUGAAACAAAAAGUUUAACUGAAUUCUGCCUAUUUGCAACCCAUAUAUAUGUGCCAGCAUGGAUGUUGUGCCCAAUACCCAGUGAUGCACCAGUCAAUGACCUGCAACUUCUGAGCAGAAUUGAACAAUACUCUGAAAUCAACAAGAAUGUAGCAAGUGCUGCCACAAAAAAGUUGAAGAAUCAUCUGUGGUAUCUCGGUACAGAAAUGGUUUGGCUGUCAUUGUUCUCAAAUAAGGUUGCAAAUGCUGAGUUGAUUGUGGAAGCAAUGACUGCAGUAGAUUCUGACUGGAGUGUGCGAGGUGUCAAAUAUCCUGCAACUGAACUGGAACAGGUGAAAAGCAAACCACUGCAUGAUCUGGUAUCAGGUACAUCUCGUGCUGCAUUGUUAUCACUUGGAAUGGAUGUUGCUAUCUUGCGUGAAACUGAACCAGACUCAUGGAACGAUCUUCCUUUAUUUCAAAAAGUAGCAAAUGUUGUGAAGUCACUUAAGGUCGUUAAUGACACUGCAGAACGCACUGUGGCACUCAUGACAAAUUUUAACCAGUCUAUAACCAAAAAUGAAACAGAACUGCAAAAACUGAUACAGGUGGUGGAGGACAAUCGAACACGUAUUCCGGACUCCUCUAAGCGCACAUUAGCCAGUGCUCAAGCAGCUGCUGCUGUGUUUUGA